AUGUCCAAUUUUAAAUAUCUGAUUUUUUACAUACACAUCACAAUCUAUUCACAUCUAUCUAUCUAUCUAUCUAUCUAUCUAUCUAUCUAUCUUUUUUUUUCAUUUGUGAAUUCAUAUCUAUCUAUCUAUCUAUCUAUCUAUCUAUCUAUCUGUUAUGAUCCCAUAACACUAUCUAUCUCAUUCUGUUCAAAUCUAUCUAUCUAUCUAUCUAUCUAUCUAUCUAUCUAUCUAUCUAUCUAUCUAUCUAUCUAUCUCAGUCUGUUCAAAUCUAUCAAUCUAUCUCAUUCUGUUCAAAUCUAUCUAUCUAUCUAUCUAUCUAUCUAUCUAUCUAUCUAUCUAUCUAAUUCUCUUAUAAUCUAUUUUUUUUCUUUUUUUUAUAGAAAUAAAGUCACACGUCGCAUCCUAAAUGAACGACCUGAUAUAUCUAUUUAUCUAUCUAUGUAUCGAUCUCAUUCUGUUCAAAUCUAUCUAUCUAUCUAUCUAUCUAUCUAUCUAUCUAUCUAUCUAUCUAUCUAUCUAUCUAUCUAA